UGAUUUAGAGCAUGCAUUUCAGGUUCACUGUCUGGGAAAAAUUGUGCUUGCUGGCCUUAAUUUAAAGACAUACACCAGAAACGCACCAGUUAUGUGAUAAUUACUGAUGUGUUGCUCUAAUAAUUCACUGCAAACUGAAAACAAGAGUGUGAUGCAGGUGGUGGAUUAAAUUAGGCAAGUGUGAUCAUUAUCUGGCAGUUGUCUGGUUCUGAAGAGCAGGGGGUCUUUAUUGCAGGAGAACUGGGACUGCGAGGGAGAACAACCCAUUCACCACAGGGACAGACGCCACGGCAACCACACUGCGUUUUUUGUGGCCUAGUAAUCCCAGCGAGAGCAAACUGAGGGAGACCAUGGCAGUGGUGGCAGGUCUUCUCCUCCAGCCUUCCUUCACUGAGGUACUUCUGGGUGCUGUACUAGUGCUGUUUCUGCACUAUGUCAUCACCUCCACCCUCAGGUUCAGAAGAGAGCCCCCUGGACCGAGGCCCCUGCCCAUAAUUGGGAACCUGCUGCAGCUGGACCUCAACAGGCCCUACCAUAGCCUCUAUGAGCUGUCCAAGACGUAUGGAUCAGUGUUCAAGGUUCAUUUUGGCUGCAAGAAGGUCAUUGUUCUAGCAGGAUACAAGACGGUCAAAGAGGCGCUCGUCAACCAUGCCACAGAAUUUGGGGACAGGGAUCUCUCUCCUGUAGUGAGAGAUUUAUACAACGGACAUGGUGAACCAUUUGACCCAAAGCUGCCAUUGGACUAUUCUGUUGCCAACAUCACAAGCUCCAUCGUUUAUGGCAGCAGGUUUGACUACAGCGACCCUCAGUUGUGGGAAAUGGCUACCAUUCACCCUACAUAUGCCAAAAUAUGGUAUCCCAUCAUCCAGCUCUACGAUGCAUUUCCCUGGCUUGCGCGGAGGCUGAAGUCUUGGGGCGCUGUGGUGGACUUUGUGGAGAAGAAGAAGGCGAGGGUGAGGAGACUGGUGAGGGUACUGCAGGACAGCCACUGCGCCCAGGAGAGGAGGGGCUUUGUGGACUCCUUCCUCACCCGACAGCAAGAGGAAUCCGAACGGCAGAACUCUUUCUUCAACGAGGAGAACUUGGUUACCUGCGUACUCAAUCUGUUUUCAGCAUCGGAUACCACGUCAACCGUACUGCAGUGGGCACUGGUCAUCAUGGCCAAGUACCCACAUAUUCAGGAGCGUGUGCAGGAGGAGCUGGGUCAGGUGAUCGGAAGCCAGCGCCCAGAAGCCAAGGACAGAAAAGCUCUGCCGUACACAAACGCUGUAAUCCACGAGGUCCAGAGGGUGGCCAACAUAGAUCCCCUAUCUGUGCCCCAUGCUGCCAGCUGUGACGUAACCUUCAAAGGCUUCUUCAUCAGUAAGGGUACUCGCGUGAUCCCACUGCUCAUGUCAGUGCUGUGUGAUGAGAGCCAAUGGGAGAGCCCCCACAGCUUCAAACCCGACCACUUCCUGGAUGACCAGGGCCACUUCGUCAGGAAGGAUGCCUUCCUAUCCUUCUCUGCAGGGCGGCGGGUGUGUCUGGCAGAGAGUCUGGCCAGGACGGAACUCUUCCUGAUCUUCACCUCGCUCCUGCAGAAAUUCUCAUUUUCCCCGCCCCCCGGGGUAUCUGAGUCAGAGCUGGACCUCACACCUGUGGGCUCGAAUAUGCUGAGCCCCACCCCCUAUGAACUGUGUGCAGUGAGCCGGUUCUGAAGUCUGGACUCUCACGCACACACACACACACACGUCCAUGAUCAACUUCA